GGAGCGGACGCGGCGCCGCCGCCGCGCAGAGCAGCAGCAGCGGCAGCGGCAGGAGCCGAGCCCCGAGCUCCGAGCCCCGAGCUCCGAGCCCGCUCCGGGGGAGCCGAGCGGCGGCGGGGGCGGCCCGGGGGCGGCGUUCCUGUGGGGAGCCUGGAAGAACCUUCAGUAGAGCUGCUAACACUGAUGAGAGAUCUUUUAUGCCAAGGUCGUUGCUCUCUGAACAGACCACACCAUGCGUGAGUACAAGCUGGUGGUCCUUGGUUCAGGAGGUGUGGGCAAAUCUGCUCUGACUGUACAGUUCGUUCAGGGAAUUUUUGUUGAAAAAUAUGACCCAACAAUAGAAGACUCAUACAGAAAGCAAGUGGAAGUAGACUGUCAGCAGUGUAUGCUGGAGAUCCUCGACACAGCAGGGACAGAGCAGUUCACAGCCAUGAGGGAUCUGUACAUGAAGAAUGGGCAGGGGUUUGCACUAGUUUAUUCUAUAACAGCACAGUCCACGUUCAACGACCUCCAGGACCUGCGGGAACAGAUUCUACGGGUUAAGGACACUGAAGAUGUUCCCAUGAUCCUGGUUGGCAAUAAAUGUGACCUGGAGGAAGAACGAGUGGUGGGCAAAGAGCAGGGGCAGAACUUAGCACGACAGUGGUGUAACUGUGCCUUUCUAGAAUCGUCUGCAAAGUCGAAAAUCAACGUAAAUGAGAUCUUUUAUGACCUGGUCAGACAGAUAAAUAGAAAAACACCAGUGGAAAAGAAGAAGCCUAAAAAGAAAUCAUGUCUGCUGCUUUAGACUCCCAUCAUGCAGCAGCUCUGAGCCAGAUUGCAGGAAUGAAGAACUGUUGCCUACAUGGAAAGUGCCAGCAUUCCCAACUUCAGAACCUUCUGGAAAUGAGUAACAUAUCGGAAGAAGCUUCUCCUGUUUUUUAUAUCCUGCGGGAAGAAUUUAGAUCUUAAAAAGUGGUUUGCACACAGUCCCUGGAAAAUGCAGUUGCUCUGUGUAUAUCUCUUGGAAAUUUAAGCCAAUAUUCCUCCUCCUUUGCAAUAGCAAUUAACAGAUGUGAAAAUAAAUAUCAUUGACUCUAGCAUAUGAUUAUCCCAAGGAGCAUGGAUGCAUUUCAAAUGUUAGAGAUUGCUAUUAUAAUUAAAAUUCAUAUUGACCAUUUUAUCAUAAUUUCUCCCCAUCAAGCACUAAAAAUGUUCCACUGUUAUAUUUUAUAUCUAUAACUAUAGAUAUAUAUUAUCCAAAAUUUCCCUUUGAACUCACUGCAACAAAUAACUUUUUGAGUCAUUGACUUCAUUUUAUAUUUAAAAGUUAUGGAAUAUCAUUAUUUUCAUUCUGCCAUUGUAUUCUAAUUAAAAAUGUUUGUGCAUAAUGCUUUGGAAAAAUGGGUCUUUUAUAGGAAAAAAACUGGGAUAACUGAUUUCUAUGGCUUUAAAAGCAAAAAUAUAUAAUAUACUAAACCAACUCUAAUAUUGCUUCUUGUGUUUUACUGUCACAGAUUAAAUUACAGCUUUUAUGAAUGAUUAAAUUUUAGUACAUUUUCA